GGCGCGACUGGGGCAAGGCCGCCUGACCCCCCGCCGCCCGUCCUUCUGUUGCAGAUGAGUUGUUACGGUCUAACUUCACGAUGUCGCACUGAGAGGUUGUGAGCCAUGGGGGAGAACAGUCCUGAAGGCAAUGUUAUCUACUACGAAGUGGAGGAAGACGAUUUAGCCCAAGAUGACAAUAUGAUGAGGUUUGCUGAUAAAAACGGGCUGGUUUCUUCAUCAUCUGGGACCGUCUAUGACAGGACAACUGUUCUAAUAGAGCAGGACCACAGUGUAUUGGAAGAUGAUGAGGAUGAAGGACAAUGUGGUGAUCACUUGCCUUUUUUACCUGAGGGUCAUGAAGAAGGAUUUCAUUUAAUAGCAGAUCAUGAAGGAAUGUCCCAGGGUUAUGUGCAACAUAUUAUUUCUCCAGAUCAGAUUCAUCUAACAAUAAAUCCUGGUUCAACUCCUAUGCCAAGAAAUAUCGAAGGAGCAACGCUCACUUUGCAGUCUGAAUGCCCAGAAACUAAACUUAAAGAAGUGAAGAGAUACCAGUGCACCUUUGAGGGCUGUCCGCGCACCUACAGCACUGCCGGAAACCUGCGCACUCACCAAAAGACACAUCGUGGGGAAUACACUUUUGUCUGCAAUCAGGAAGGCUGUGGCAAGGCCUUUCUUACCUCCUACAGCCUCAAAAUCCACGUUCGAGUGCACACGAAGGAAAAGCCGUUUGAAUGUGAUGUGCAGGGCUGUGAAAAGGCAUUCAAUACACUGUACAGGUUGAAAGCACAUCAGAGGCUUCACACAGGGAAAACAUUUAACUGUGAAUCAGAAGGCUGCAGUAAAUACUUCACAACGCACAGUGACCUGAGGAAGCACAUUCGGACACACACAGGAGAAAAGCCAUUUCGGUGUGAGCAUGAUGGCUGUGGAAAGGCUUUUGCUGCAAGCCACCACCUUAAAACACAUGUUAGGACACACACUGGGGAGAAGCCCUUCUUCUGUCCCAGCAACGGCUGUGAGAAGACUUUUAGUACACAAUAUAGUCUCAAGAGUCACAUGAAAGGGCAUGAGAAAGGACAUUCCUAUAAUGCACUUCCCAAUAACAACGUGUCUGAGGAUACAAGCCACUCACUUUGUCUGAGUGAUUUAAGCCUCAUCUCGACAGACUCAGAAUUGCGGGAGAACUCGAAUCCAACACAUGGACAAGACCUUAGCACAAUCUCACCAGCAAGCAUCUUUGAGUCUAUGUUUCAGAGCCCAGAUCAUACUACAAAUCAGGACGACUCUCAGCAGACAGCUGCCUUGAUUGAAGGUUUUAACGGCGAUGCAGAGUCAGUCACUGCUGUUCCGCCUUCUACAGGAGACCCAGCAUCCCUGUCUCUUCCACUUGUACUGCAGCUUGGCAUCUCUGAACCUUCGCAUUCAGCACUACAAGCCUCAGCAGCAGCACCUGCUGCUCCCUCCUCCAUAGGAACCAGCUCACAGCAAGCUGCAUUUGGAAAUCCUGCAACUGUUUUACAGUCCCCAGAAGUGCCUGUCCCUCACAGCACACAGUUUGCAGCCAGUCACCAAGACUUCCUGCAACACACUCAGACACCACCACAGCCCAUCGUACAGGGACUUUCAGUGGUUGCUGGGGCAUCUGCCCCAACAGCAGCGAGUGCCACUGAGCCUCUACCAGCUGUAGUUCAGACUGUGCCUGUUGGUGCGAACCCUGUUCUGACCAGUAAUCCAACUAUAACAAUUACUCCUUCUCAGAGCACUGCUAUUUUGCAGUCCAGCAUUGUCAUGGGAGAGCAGAACUUACAAUGGAUCUUGAAUGGUGCCACUGGUUCUCCGCAAAGCCAAGAACAAAUGCCACAAGUUCCAAAAGUAGUAGAAAAGGUGUUUUUUACCACUGCAUUACCCGUAGCUGGCAACACAGGAAACCCUGUUCAGCAGAUUGGUCUCAGUGUUCCUGUCAUUAUUAUAAAGCAGGAGGAGGCCUGCCAGUGUCAGUGUGCCUGCCGAGACUCUGCCAAGGACAAAGUCACCAUUAAGAAGGAAUGUUCCUCACCUGAUUCGAAAGCUUUGGAGCAGCCAGCUACCCAGCUGCAGCCUCAGACCCUUCCUUCCUCUUUGCCUUCAUGUGGGCAGAGCAGUCAGAUAGUUAACCCUUCAGACUCACAGACUGAAACGUUAAGUGCCAUGGAUGUAUCGGACUUUCUGUCCCUCCAAAGCCCUGAAACCCCAUCUAAUAUAAUUCCAAUUGAAGCACUACUGCAGGGUGAGGAAGAAAUUGGUUUGAAUAGCAGCUUCUCUAAGUGAAGAUGUUCCAGAUUUUCCUUUGCACCUGGAGGGUAAAACCCUCCUCCUUAGAAGCAGAACCUGAAGGAUCGAUUCUUUUUCCUUCCUCUUCGGAAGUUUUGUGGCUUAUUUCUGCUUCACAGAUGUCAUCGUAGUCACAUCCCAGGUACAUUCAUCUUUGAGAAUCUAUCUAAAAAAAAAAAAG